ACAUAUCAUGCGGGUAUUCGCACGGGGCAUCCCCACGCCGUCCCUCGCCGCAUAUAAAUAAAGCCCUCGUCCCCGCUUCUCCCAUCCGCCAUUGAAGCCCAAGCCACCCCCCCCCCCCCCCGAGAGAGAGGGGGAAAGAGAGAAGCCGUUGGAGCGAGAAUCUAGGGUCUUGAUCUCAGAUUCAAGAACGUCGCUUGGAUUUUAGAGUUUGGAUUCGAAUAGGAAGGUCCGACGCCGUUUUUGUUCGUAAUUAAAUCUUUCGUCCUUUUCGCUGAGAUCGAGGACUUGUUUCUGGUAGUGAUAAUGGUGUUGUGGGUUUUUGGGUAUGGAUCAUUGGUAUGGAAUCCCGGAUUUGAUUUUGAUGAGAAAAUAGUUGGCUUCAUCAAGGACUACAGGCGUGUCUUCGAUCUUGCAUGCAUAGAUCACAGAGGUACACCUGAAAAUCCAGCUAGAACUUGCACAUUGGAGGCCAAGAAAGGAGAAGUUUGUUGGGGCACUGCAUAUUGUAUUAGAGGAGACAUUGAAAAGGAAAGGGCAGCAGUGCAGUAUUUGGAGAGAAGAGAAUGUGAAUAUGACCAGAAAACUUCUGUGGACUUUUACAAGGAAGAAGAUACUCUUAAGCCAGCUGUAACGGGAGUCUUGGUAUUCACAUCCACCCCAGAUAAAAAGUAUAACAAGUACUAUUUGGGUCCUGCUUCUUUGGAGGAAACAGCAAGACAAAUAGCUACUGCCAGUGGGCCGUGUGGAAACAAUAGGGAGUAUCUGUUUCUUUUGGAGAAGGCAAUGUUCAAUAUAGGUCAUGAAGAUGACUAUGUGAUCGAGCUUGCGAAUGAGGUGAGAAAGGUACUUGAGAGUUUGAUAGAGGAGGUAUCUGGGGUCCCUAUCUCUUGGAAGCCCCAUAAACCUCUUAUUGCAUCCUUUAGACAAUUCUAGUUGUCUCCUAGCAGAUAUGGCAGCAUCGAUACGUAUAUCUGAUAUGGUUGCCCUCUUUCCAUCUUUCUCUUGAGUCUACGCCCUCAAUUGGAGUUCCUUGGCAGGGGAUUCUUAGUACCGAGGACCACGGCUUCUCUUCCUCUUUAGUAUUCUUUUUCUCUUCAGAUCCAGCCGGCUUCUGCAUUCCGUUCCUCAGCAGACCCUCAUUACUUUUUUUUUAACCAUAACAAUGAUGUAAGAGACUGAUGUUAUCUACGGUCCAUGAGCUGUAACAAUAAGCAAACUCUCAAUGAAGUAAUAUUUUCAAUCUUUA